GAGUUGAGAAACGGUUAAAAGUUUUAAAAUUUAAAUGGAGAAAGAGCGAGUAGCACUUCGACAAAUCGGUGCUGAAAAUAUGUCUAAAGCGGUAAAACAAUCCCAAAAAAAAUCUCAUACUCCCGUCUCAUACGUUGCUGUUGAAGAUAACGAUAAAGAAAACGCAAAAAUAAUUGAAGACGGUGAAGAUAAAUUUAAUAACACGUGUUCCGAAAAAACCAACGGACCACAAGAAGCAUUAAAAGAAUCAACAAAUAACACCUGCGAAGAUAAACAAUCUUCCUCUGAAGAGCAAAAAUCGACGGGUCGAUUAUGGAAGUUAGAAGAUUUCGAGAUAGGUAAACCACUGGGUAAAGGAAGAUUUGGAAACGUUUAUUUAGCAAGAGAGAAACAAUCAAAAUAUGUAAUCGCUCUUAAAGUUAUGUUUAAAGACGGUAUUUUAAGUUCAAAUACGGUUCAUCAAGUACGAAGGGAAGUCGAGAUCCAAACUCAUUUAAGACAUCCAAAUAUUUUAAGAAUGUAUGGUUAUUUUUAUGAUGAAGCUAGAAUUUACCUUAUUUUAGAGUAUGCUAGUAAAGGUACUAUUUUUAUGGCAUUAAGAAAUUCGGAAAAUAAAAGAUUUACAGAAUCUCGAGCUGCAACUUAUAUAGCUCAAAUUGCAAGAGCUCUUCAAUAUUGUCAUUCAAAAAAAGUAAUCCACCGUGAUAUUAAACCAGAAAAUUUAUUAUUAGGGCGAAAUGGAGAAAUAAAAAUUGCUGAUUUUGGGUGGUCGGUUCAUGCACCUGCUUCUAGAAGAACGACUGUUUGUGGAACUUUGGAUUAUUUAUCGCCGGAGAUGGUCCAAGGGAAAGCUUAUACAGAAAAAGUUGAUAUGUGGUGUUUGGGGGUUUUAUGUUAUGAAUUUUUAGUGGGUAGACCCCCUUUUGAAUCUAGAACGUAUGAUGAUACUUAUAAAAAAAUUAGUAAGGCUAUGUAUACAAUUCCUCAAUUUGUUUCUGAUGGGGCUGUUGAUUUAAUUAAAAAUUUAAUGGUUGUUAAUCCUGCAAGGAGACUGGAUAUAGAUAAUGUUUUGAUGCAUCCUUGGGUGAUAGCUAAUUCCAAACAAGACGAAUGAAUUUUCUGAUAUUUAUUAAACAAUUCAUUGUAUUAAGUGAUAUUUUAAUUAUUUUAUUGUCGUAAUUUUUUGUUCAUAUCAUCUAUCAUUUUUCUUAUUUAUACAUCUACUUAACAGUAAUUAUUUAGAACAAUUAGGACAUAUUUUUUAACUAUUAUUAAACAAAUACAAUGUUUUUUUUGGAUGAUAUGUACUUGAUUAUUUCAUUUGUGAUUUGUUCUUGAACGUUUUGUAUGAAACAUUAGACUGGAAAGUUUUAACUGAUUUUACACAUUAUUUAGUUAAAUAUUUAAAUUAAAAUUAGCAAAAUUUGGGUUCAUUCUAAUAGAUCAACGUGAUUGUAGAAUUUUAGAUGGAUGCGAUUUAGUACACAAAAAAUAAAUCUUUAAUUUAUAA